ACACACACAAACACACUGGAAUGCCAGCCAUGGCGCAUCUACUGGUAUUUACUUUUAGCGCAACACAGUUCGUGAUCUGUAUGGACUUUAAUAUCUACGGUCGAUAUGGAUCAAGUCUUUAUGCCCGGGAGGGUAGCUACAUAAUCCAGUCAAACGACCGUUUCGACUUUUCCCCGUUCUCUCUCAGCUUGUCUGCAUACUGUAUUUAUCAACAAUCAGCACCUUAGGCUGUUAUCUCACAGCCUGCUGUAGUCUGGGAACGUCUUCACACACACUGGAAAAAAGCCAAAAGCCAAACAGCCAAUAGCUACUUUCCUUACUGAGGAGUUGGCAACACGCACUUCAUCUCAUGGUCAGUGUGACCGUGCCCUGAGGUCACACUGACCAUUAAUGCCUUGGAGCAUCGAUUCCUCACAGAGCAGCACAAAUAUUUGGACACUUUUCAUUGGACUAGCUCUUGUUUUGAGUCACAGUCGCUAAACAAACAUGUUUAUCUUAAAAGCGCAUAUAUUUCAAGUUUGUGUCUUGGAAAGCCAGAAUACCUCUGAACCGACUUAAAGUUCCUCGUACUGGGAGUCACUGCAAACUGUUGAACAUGAGGAUCCAAAUCGCGCUUCUGGUCGCUGCUUUUGUGGCUGUAACCAGUGCAGCACCGACAACAAUGCCCACUCCAACUACAACAGCCCAAGCUAUUCAUUCAACCCAGCAUGAGCUAAUGGUUUCUGAUGUGCCGAAGCCUGAUGCUGCUGCUGCUGUUGAAAAGCUAGAGCCGAGGGCACUCACGCAGGACGCUGUGGAAGAUGAGGGCGUCGAGCAGGACGCUGUGGAAGAUGAGGGCGUCGAGCAGGACGCUGUGGAAGAUGAGGACGUCGAGCAGGACGCUGUGGAAGAUGAGGACGUCGAGCAGGACGCUGUGGAAGAUGACAGCGUCGAGCAGGACUCUGUGGAAGAGAGCCUCGAGCAGGACGCUGUGGAAGAUGAAAGCGUCGAGCAGGACUCCUCCGAAGAUGAGAGCCUCGAGCAGGACGCUCCGGACGUUGAGAGCCUUGAGCAGGACGCUUCGGACGAUGAGAACCUCGAGCAGGACGCUUCGGUAAAUGAGAACCUCGUGCGGGCCGCUUCCGACACUGAGAGCCUCGUGCAGGAUGCUUCGGACACUGAGAGCCUCGUGCAGGAUGUUUCGGACACUAAGAGCCUCGUGCAGGACGCUUCGGACACUAAGAGCCUCGUGCAGGACGCUUCGGACACUAAGAGCCUCGUGCAGGACGCUUCGGACACUAAGAACCUCGUGCGGGACGCUUCGGACACUAAGAGCCUCGUGCAGGACGCUUCGGACACUAAGAGCCUCGUGCAGGACGCUUCGGUAAAUGAGAGCCUCGGUAAAUGAGAUUCUUUGGAUAAUUAGAGGCCCAUGCAGGACGCCUUCUAAAAUAAUUAUUAUCCAUGUAAGCCAUACAACAGAAGAUAUACUGACAUUUUCACUGAUAAAAAUAAGCAAAAUUUCCCACAACAUCCUUCCUGUAUUCCACAAUCAUGCACAACUUUCCCCUGUACUCCUUGAAGAAUAUUUCUUUAAUCAAAGCAGCGCCUGUAGAUUCCUUAAGUUGUAUUAAAAAAGACUUUGCUUACA